AGUUGCAACUGCUUAUAAUAAAUUACAGUGCCUGGCCAAAUUAGUCGAAUCAAAAUUGUGAAAUGCUUUAGAAUUAGGGCUAUGUGGAUAUUACCAAGACCUUACUAUAUUACGCCUAUUUGGGCUGUUAUCGCGGAAAACCAAUACUUCAUAAAGCUAAAAUACAGAAAAAAUAUCUUCACAAGGGCCAUGUCAAUGAUUAAUUCGGUUACAAACGUUGGCGGCUGCUUUCAGAAUUUCAGAAUCUUGCUAAAAUUAGAAUCAGGAAAUAUGUUAGUGGCAGUGGGAGAUACAAAGGAAGUCAUUGAUGAGCACUGGAAAGUAUUGAACGAGAGUCUACUUGCCAAGGCAAAAUCAAUUGACGAAAAACUAGGUCCCGAUGCUCUGAAGUAUAUGAUCUCAAAAAUUACGAGUUGGCAUAUUACUGAAGAAGGAGAAGAAGGGAAGCAGCAAAAGAUAGAAGAUUUUCAUAAUGAAUUUGAUUCGUUGCUUAAUGGUCAAAAGUUAAUAACAUACUACAUAGGAGGAAUUUGGAUGGAUGGCAAACCAACUCCUAGACCAGCGACUCUGUAUAUAACUGGAACACAUAUAUGUGUGCAUACCCUGCACAAAAAAAUAAUAUGGAGCUUCAAGGAUAUUUCAUUGAUGAGCAAAGAAAGCACGCUGGGCGUUAUACCAAACAUGAUUAAAUUUGUCAUUAGAAAAGAAGUGCAGGCGAAGGAUGGUGAUAAGGACUCGGCAACUACUAUGAAUUAUUGGUUCGUUAUGGUCUCAGAACGCGACAGUGCAUUCAAUACUUUAGAAGAGCUUUGGUCAUUCAACUUAUCUAGAUGGCAAAAAGAGCUGGACCCUGAAGAUCAUACUGACAACAUAUUCGAUUUUAACAGUAAAGCAGUUAUAACUGCAUUUGUGAAAAAUAGAGCUUUCCAUAAUAGAUUUUUGGUACCAGAAGAUCCAGUAAGCGAGUACUAUCCAUCGCUUUGUAACGACAUGCUACAAUUUCCAGGAAUUAUAAUCUUAUCCCCAAGCUUUUUGUGCUGGUCUUCAUCAUGUCAUAAAAUGAAAACAGUGAUAUGCAUCAAAAAAAUUAAGCAUUUAGAAAAACAAAGAGGGCAUAUACACUUAGAAACUGAUAACGGAAACACUUUUUCAUUUAGAACGCCGAAUAUCGAGGACCUUUACUAUAAUGUCUUGACCACUAAGACGAAGCAGGAGCCAAAAAAAAAUCUAAACAAAGAACAUGCACCGCAUAAAAGGAAUCCUAAUGGAUAUAAGAUGUACAGUCAAAAAGAAAAUGAUUCGAUGUACCAAAAACAGCAGAAGGAGAUGCAAGAACGCUGGGAAAAAUAUUUCAGUAAUUAUGGCAAAGGGUCGUCGAUUAUUAUAUCAGAGAAUGAAUUUGUUUAUAACGUAUACUGUGGAAUACCAGAUAUUUAUAGAGGAGAAAUUUGGACGUUGAGUAGUGGAGCAAUUCAUAAAAUGGAUGCAUAUGAAAAUAAAUACCCAGAAUACCUUGCUUCUAUAGAUCUAGAAAAAAAUGCAGUGCCUAUAUGUGAAAUUGAAAGGGAUUUGUAUCGUUCAAUACCUUCCCAUCCCUACUACGAUUUGUCUGUCAAAAUACCUUUUGUACGUUUAAAAAACGUUUUGGUCGCAUACAUCUCCAGAAAUCCGAGUAUAGGAUACUGCCAAGGUAUGAACAUUAUUGCUGCAACAUUACUAUUAUACAUGUCAGAGGAAGAGGCGUUUUGGACUUUGGUAUCCAUCGUGGAAGAAAUUACGCCUGAUUACUACGAUAAACAACUUUUCGGAAGUGUAGUCGAUCAAAAAGUCUUUUCUAAGUUAAUUCGAAAGAGAAUGCCUGAAUUAUAUCAGCACUUGAAGGAACUCAAACUGCCAGUGUCAAUUAUAUCAUUACCAUGGUUUAUGAAAUUCAUGAUUGAUUGCGUUUCAUGGGAAGUUUCACUUCAAUGCUUUGACAAAAUUUUGUUGUUAGGGACAUCCGCCAUGUUUCAACUGGGAUUAGCCAUGUUAUAUAUCACCCAAGAUCAAAUUAUUUUAGAAACAGAAGAUCAUGAAAAAGUUCUCCAUAUUCUUAAAACAUAUCCGUUCGAGUCUGCUGACUUCAUUGAGGUUAUAAGCAACAACUUCAGAGAUCUCGACCCUGAUACAAUCAAAAAGAUGCGGAAUAAAGAAAAGGCAAAAAUUUUGCGCGAAAUGCAAAGAUCUUAAACUAAAGGAUCCAGAGACUAAAAACCAGUAAAAUAAAAAUGUGUCCCAAAAACUUAACUUCUUUCUGUGGGUUCAAAGUACUCUUCCUUUCAUUUGCCUUAGUCUUAAACUAUGUUGGUCUCUUAACCUCACUUCUUAACUGAAAACGUUCUCUUUCGCUAUGACCACACACUAGAAUAUCACCAAAAUACGAAAAUAAACCACCACAUUGAAUUUCCUCUAGUACAUUCAUCAAAAAUUUGUUCAAUGCGCUCGGGGCAUCCACCAAUCCAAAAGGCAGUCCUCUCCACGUGAACUGUCUUGCUCUAUUAUCAAUAAUUGUCAAGUGUUUCUCAAUUUCCUGGUUUACCGGUAUUCUUUAGUAUGCAUCUUUUAGAUCAAUCUUCACAAGCCAUUCAAAACUUCUCGCUCUAUCACGAAUAUUAAAUAAACUCGGUACGGUAGAGCAUAUUCUUGCUACUCUUUUGUUGAAUUCUCUAUAAUCAAUGGUAACACGCUACGGAUCAUCGCCCCCUUUCUUCAGUACUAAAGUGAUUGGGCUGUUAUACUCACAGUUAAUUCUCUCGAUCACGCCGUCUCCUUCUAGUUUGUCUAAAUCUUUCUCUAGCGAUUCUUCCUGUUCAACCGACACCCUAUAGUUCUUUAAGCUAAAAACACUCUUAUCUUUUAUUACUGGUUUAUACUCUAUUAAUUUUAUCGUCUCACUUAACUCAUUUUCUUUUGGCUUACUUCGACAUUUCUCACAAUGUUCGUAUUCAUCUUGCCAACUUAAGGUGGAACUUGGGCUUUGUUCAGACCUAUCUUUGCCAACUUUAGGUAGAACUUGGACUUUGCUCAAACUCUCACCAAUGUACCUUCGACCACUGGAUCUUUGUGGAUUCUUUCUCACCUUACCGAUGAUAUCCGUAGGUUUGGGAGGUUCAGAGGUUGUUUUAAUAAAUUCUUCAUGACAUUUUUCACAUUCACAUAACUUUCCAUGUUUUUUCACGACUUCUGCAUAACUCCUCCUUGUUUUACUCUUGUUUAUCCUCUCCUCCCCCGCACCCUUUAGUUUGGUGUUUGUAGUGUUAAGUUCUUUUUCUUCUCCCAGAUACUUGAAAAAUUUUUUCUGGGAAGUCUUUUCUUUGGCUUGGUAUAGCCCAUUUUUAUUCUGGUUCUGACGUGGCCUCCUCACUUAGAACCACUCUGUUUUUUCGCUUUUCAAAAUUCCCUUGAAUUUUCAUCAUUUAUCCAAUCACCGUUCAAUCUUCUAGAUAUUCGCAACCUGAACGGUAAUGUCCUUGUCUUUCACAUCCAAAACAUCUAGAUUGUCCCCUAACCAUUUUUCUUGGAUAGCUCUUCCCAUGUCCAUUGUAACUUUAACUUCUUGUGUUUGCUCUUCUUGUUGCUUUUCCUAUAAUUAAUGCUUAUGUCUUCUGGGUCUACCUUAUCCUUUGCAUACCCUGGUCUAUACUCUCUUGCACCCUCCUUUCUUGUUUUCCAUUUCUUUACUACUUCCUUGAAUACUCUUGCAUCUUCUGUUUCCGCUGCUUCCUCUAUCUCUCUCAUACAUUCUUCAUCCAAUUCUGUCCAACCUUAAACUUUUCUGAUAUAUUGUACUAAUUUCAUCUCUCAGUUUUUCUGAUCGGUCUUCCGUUUUUUGUAUUAUUCCUUCUUCUAAUUCCUUAUUUGUCGCUCUUGUUAUUCAUGCUAACCCUCUUUCUUCUAUGCCUCGCAAACUUUCUCUAUCUGUCACAUCUUCUUGUUGUCUAUCUUUGUUUCUAAGUACUCUUUCGCACAUGUCAAAUUUAAUCCUGUCUUUUUCUCCGGGUUUACGAUAGUAUCCUAAAUCUCCGUUUUUCAAUGUCUGUCCAGUCUGCUUCGAUAUAACCGCCCCAAUAUAAUCUAAUUUCUGGAACAAGUUUUCUUUCAGCACUCCCAAUCGUUCGUUUACCUCUACACUUUCAUUCCUACCUCCCUGAAUUUCCUCUCUUAAUUCUUCUACCUGUUCUUCAUCUAUAACCACUGUUUCCAAUACUUUCUCCUUGUAUUCUGUUACGAUUUCUUAUUUUUAUAGUAGCUUCUAUAUCCUCCUAUUACUAAUAGAAAUAUCUAUGUUAACGCUGGUGAUAAAAAUAUUGAUACAAAUACCCACUCUUCUAGGCUGCUGUACCAGCCAAUAUACGAGU